AUGACGACAACAACAAGGUUGCGACAUUUUUCAUUAUAUAAAACGAAUUUAAUUAAAUUAAUCGAAAGAAAAAGAAGAAUUUUGCAACUUUUACUACUCGUUUUCGUGGUUGCCGUUUUCGUAGAAUCCAAAGACAUGCUUAGAAAAUCCAUAGUUUUCGAUAAGAAGACACCGGAUGUUUUUUACUGUCCACAGAAAAAACCAAAAGGCAUCGAUAAAAUGAUAGUCAAAGCGAAACCGUUGAAAAAAUUAUGCGAAUUCGAAGGGCAACCAUUGCCACCGGAUUAUAAAAGCGAUUGUUAUAACGACGUAGACGAAACGGAAUAUGCAUGCAAAGAAAAACAUAGAAUAAUGAAAAGAAUGAAAAAAUUGGAACGGGAUGAUAUCGAGAAGACGGAAACAGACAGAGCAUCUAGAUCACGAAGAAUUUAA